AUGGAUAUUACCCCUGAAAUCUCAGAGCCACUCGACGCGCUCUCCUACGACGAAACUGUUCCUUACGAUGAAUUGCUCCCCACACAACCGUCCGCCGAGUCUAGCCAGGCUCAAGCAUCUCUCGCCCAUCGCAUUGGCAGCACCAAAGUUUAUUUGUUGUCAGAAACGACUGGGGCGCGAGUCGGAAAGAGGAAACGUACGGCAGACGAAGGAGACGAUGCAGAUGGUGAUGUUGACAUGGACGAAGAUGCCCCUUACAGGGAUAAUGCAAUCUUGUUCUGUGGCGCCCCAAUAUCGCAUCUGCCCACCCCCAGCAUAUUCGCAUACGCUACACAUUUUGACUCACAACCGAUGGCUCUCGAAUGGAUCGACGACAAGACGUGUAUCCUCGUAUUUUCCUCAAAGACAACAGCGCGCUCCGCCUUCCGAUACUUAUCAAAAUCCAUAGCGGAGGAACCAUCCAAAGUGGAUGGUUCUGUCACUGCGAAACCCAUUCCCAUUGCGCUAUGGCCACCAGAAGAGAGGAUAAGCAAAAGCUUGGGCAAGAGCGAGGGGUUGAAAGGUGCUAUUCGGAUGCGGUGGGCCACAUUCCAGGACGUCAAGAAGAAAGGCGCGAAGAGGGAAAGCGAGUUUUACAAGAAGUACGGAGACAAGGCUGGAAAGAGCAAUACCGAGGACGAGGUCAACUGGCCGGCGGACGAUGAUACGCGGCAGCGUAAGAAGCAGAAAGGAGACAUGUUCGAGGAGAUGGCACAGAAAGCACGCCUCGACGAUGAACUGGACGCAUUUCUUGCCGAGGACGAUACUACAGCUCCCCGAUCGCCGUCUCCACCUUCGAGGAUGCGGUCCGAUUACAUGGAUGGGAGGGGGAGGACUCUCUUAGAGCGAACGUCUGUGAUGCGUGCGCGACCAGAUACGUUGGCGUCUCGAAUCAUGGCAGAGCUUCCCAGUCGGGCUCGCUCCCGCAGAGGUCAGAGGCAGGACGAUGGAGGAGGACAGUCUUCCGGACAGUCUGGCCAUAGAGGGGAGGAUGAUGGGACACGAAGAGGGAAGGGCAAUCCGCGUCCCAGAAAGACACAACAAGACCUUGACGAUGAGCUGGAUGCCUUCCUCAACGCCAAAGACUAG